UGUAUAUAUAUACACACAUAUAUAAUAUAUAUAUAUAUAUAUAUAUUGAUUGUUGCGAGACGGCAGCUUUUUUGAACGAAACAUCGGCAGAAGCUCAUCAUCUCGUUGUUCUAUUUUAUUCUCCCGUAUCUCUUUCGAAAAAUCGAGCCGGCGAGUCGUCAAGAAAUUCGCGAGUGGAGCAAAAGCGCGCGACAGAAUCCCGCUUCCCUCCGAGCGAGAGAUCAGCUGUUUUCAGCCGAGUACUCCGAGUAGGUUGAUCAAGGAUCUCCGAAGACGAAUUCUCGAGAACGGAGAAAAACAACGGAACCGAUUUUUCGAUCGAGAGUGCUGCGAGUGCAUGGGUCAAAGUGGCGGACCGCGCAUUUCCGAGUUCUGAAAGAAAAAAAACCAGCGCUCCUUAAUUACUCGCUCAUUUCUCAAGAUGCACAUCACCUGCAAGUGCCUGAACGUGUCCAUCAGAUCCAGGAGCACCGAACUGCAGCGGCUUAAUAUCGACAACGUCGAGAUGACUGAUCUGGAACGAGCCGAUGCCUUCUUUCGCGAAGAUCUAGCUAGUGUACCAGAAUUGGAGACUAUUACUAAAGAACAACCUGGUUUAGUGGAAAUAAGAAAUAUUGGAACAUGGAUUAUACAUCGUUGUUAUAAUUGCUCAAUUUAUACCCACGCUGUCCAUAGAGAACAUGGUGCUGCUUUAGUCCUCAUUAAUAGCAAUAUCGUUUUAUCUCCUGAAGAAAUAAAUAAAUUAAAAUCAAAUCCAGAUUACAGUCCAGUGUUUAGGAUAGUAAUUAAUCACAGUUUAGAAGAUCUUGAUGACUAUUUACAACAGCCUAAUAAAUUUUCUGUUUCACAAUUACCUAACACAGUUCAAGUGGCCCUAGGUGGAUUGCAACAACAAUUGGAGGAGGCUGUACAACGUCAAACAGUAGCAAUAGAAAAUAAAAUAUGUGCGUUUACUGCGGAACAAUAUCAGCUAUUGGAACAAUUUCGUGAAAGAGCGCAUAACGAUCAUAGACUGUUAUCAAAAUUAGUGUCUAGAGGAGAAGAGAUAAAUAGGGUAACUAGUGAUGUAGAAAUUUCACCAGUAAUUCCUGACAGCUUUAAGAAUACUUUAACUACCUCUGCAGCUAAUACAGUUAAUCCCAAGUCCAAUUUAGUAUUCAAUGAUGUGAAAAUUUCUACUGAUUUGAAUGUUAAAAGUGAUAUCAUUGCUAAAAAUACUUCUAAAGAUUCUACUAAUAAUGAAAAUACGAAGAAGAAAAAUCCAUUAUAUAUUUGUACUAAAGAAUCAGCCAGUUUCGAUACAGAAGCGUUGUUUCCUUUUGAGGGAAUAGAAGAUACAGAUGCAGCUAAUCAAUUACAUCAGUGGUCUUCGGAAGAGGGAUCUGAUACCGAUGAUUCAAGUCAAAAUGAAGGGAUUCAUAUGCCAAGAGGUCAACGAGAUGGUCACUCCACUUUAGCUAAGUCACUACCAGUCACUGUACCUGCUUUUCCAUCUAUUCGCCGUGCAGUACAGGACCAAAAUGAUGAUCAGUUGCCAACCGAUCCGUUAGAUCCGCACAAUAUUCGAGCUUCAAUUAAAGCCUUAGCUAAAAGUGUCCAUGGUGAUACAGUGUUUGGAGACUUACCACGUCCCAGGUUUUCUACUCAGAUCUGACUUGUCAUGCAUGACGAAGAUCCACUCGGCACUUUUCAAUGUUUUUGAUAUAAUAUAUCAUGUUUAUUGAUGUACUAUA